UCAAAAAUCAAAAUUUGAAUUCUGAGCGGGGCUGACGCCUGACGAGAGCGAACCCCGAAACUAACUAUGGUUAAUAAUAAUGGUUAGUUGAAACAAGCCAGCCUGGAGUUAGAUGAGCCGGAAACGUGAAAACCCCUAAAGCUGAUUCGCCGCUGGCUGGCAAAAUGGCAAUUAUGCUUUAAACAGUGGUUACCUUGGGUUAGAGAGAGUAACCAUUUCUGGCUCCCCGCCUCUCUAUAUAACAACCUGAUUUUCGGAAACCCUUCUUCCACAUCUCUAAAGAGGAACGAAAGGCGUCUUGAUAAACGCCCUUCUCCUGUUCUCCCUUUCGUCGUUCUAGCUCUUCGGCUCCAAUUCCCUUCUUCCAGAUUCUUCUUCCCGUAACCCUGCCAAAAUGAGAGAGUGCAUCUCGAUCCACAUCGGUCAGGCCGGUAUCCAGGUCGGAAACGCUUGCUGGGAGCUCUAUUGCCUUGAGCAUGGCAUUCAGCCAGAUGGCCAGAUGCCGAGCGACAAAACCGUCGGCGGAGGAGACGAUGCCUUCAACACCUUUUUCAGCGAAACUGGUGCAGGGAAGCACGUUCCUCGCGCUGUGUUCGUCGAUCUUGAGCCCACCGUCAUCGAUGAGGUGAGGACUGGAAGCUACCGCCAGCUCUUCCACCCCGAGCAGCUCAUUAGCGGCAAGGAAGACGCCGCCAACAACUUCGCUCGUGGCCACUACACAAGUAAAUUCUCAGAUCUGUCUUGUAUCUUCCUUUAUUCCCUAUCAAUUUUCAUCGAAUGUUCAUUACUGAUUGAUUUCUCCAUUCCAAACGUGUUUGCAGUUGGUAAGGAGAUCGUCGACCUGUGCCUGGACCGCAUCCGGAAGCUGGCUGACAACUGCACUGGACUCCAAGGUUUCUUGGUCUUCAAUGCCGUCGGCGGAGGUACUGGAUCCGGUCUCGGAUCUCUCCUUUUGGAGCGUCUGUCUGUUGACUACGGAAAGAAGUCCAAGCUCGGAUUCACUGUUUACCCAUCUCCUCAAGUGUCUACCUCUGUCGUGGAGCCUUACAACAGUGUCCUCUCAACUCACUCGCUCCUUGAGCACACUGAUGUUGCUGUUCUUCUUGACAACGAAGCCAUCUAUGAUAUCUGCAGGCGCUCCCUUGACAUUGAGCGCCCGACUUACCAGAAUCUGAAUCGGCUCAUCUCUCAGGUUAUCUCAUCCCUCACUGCCUCUCUGAGGUUUGAUGGAGCUCUCAACGUGGACGUGACCGAGUUCCAGACCAACUUGGUGCCAUACCCGAGGAUCCACUUCAUGCUUUCCUCCUAUGCCCCAGUCAUCUCGGCCGAGAAGGCAUACCAUGAGCAGCUCUCCGUUGCCGAGAUCACCAACAGUGCCUUCGAGCCUUCAUCCAUGAUGGCCAAGUGCGACCCACGCCAUGGUAAGUACAUGGCCUGCUGCCUUAUGUACCGUGGUGAUGUCGUCCCCAAGGAUGUGAACGCUGCUGUGGCGACUAUCAAGACCAAGCGCACCAUCCAGUUUGUUGACUGGUGCCCUACAGGAUUCAAGUGCGGUAUCAACUACCAGCCGCCGACUGUUGUCCCUGGAGGUGACUUGGCCAAGGUGCAGAGGGCUGUGUGCAUGAUCUCCAACUCCACCAGUGUUGCUGAGGUGUUCGGCCGUAUCGACCACAAGUUUGAUCUGAUGUACGCCAAGAGGGCCUUCGUUCACUGGUACGUGGGUGAAGGUAUGGAGGAGGGUGAGUUCUCUGAGGCUCGUGAGGAUCUGGCGGCCCUGGAGAAGGAUUACGAGGAGGUUGGCGCUGAGGCUCCUGAAGAUGGCGAGGAUGAAGGAGAUGAGUACUGAGAAAGGAAGGAAGAUGGCAAUUGCUGUUAUGCUGUGUUGCUUUGGAUGAUUGUGGGUGGUUGUUAUUCAGACUGAAUCUUUUGUGUGGUUUCUUAUGUUGUGGUUUUGCCCAGACAUUUUAGCGGCAUUGAUGGCAUUAUCUGUCUGUGGUUGCUUUUAUAUUUGCGGGUUUAAUCAAGUCAAGCUUAUCCUAUGUUUUGCUGUUUUGCAGUUUCGAUUUAUUUGGAUUAUAUGGCUAAUAUCCUUGUUAUUUCCGCGAAGUUUACUUUAAACGGUUAUCUGAUUUCUUAUCACCUUCGGUUGGUUCAUGCAAACCCGGAUCGAGUUAAUUUCUUUCAUCUGCCGUCUCGUGGAACAAACUUGAAACUCUCUUUGAAAUUGGCCGACUCAUUCUUUGGGUUUUUUUCCAGUCAAGAACCAGAGCUAAUAAACGAACCUUUCUACCAUUGCAAGCCGAUUUGGGCAUCAUUGCUCUAUUUUUUUUCAAAAGAG